UUCUCAAGUCUCAACUAUUCUUUACUUGGUUUGCUUCAUUCAACUUCAACCUCAUUUCUUUCUUUCUUUCUCUCUCUCUCUAAAAAUUUCUCCUACCCUUACCUAUCUUUCUCUCUCUAAGAAUUGAAACUUCCUACUUUCUCUUCUUCAAAUGUCGGUCUCCUCAGCAGCCCUGCUCUUAUGCUAGGGCUGCACUCUUCAAAUCCUUCCAACUUCAAACCCUAAAAAAAUGGUCUUCAAAGGUCGCUUCUUCUCUUCUUCCAAGAAAUCCGAUUCUUCAAGUCCCGACGGAUCCAACUCCAACUCUCCUCGAUCCUUCGCUUCCAACUCCCCUGUCCGAUCCGACAAGAAAAAGUCCAAAUCCAAGGAUGAUCCUCACUCCUCCUCCUCCUCCGCCACUACUACUACCACCGCCGCCGCCGCCUGUCGGCCAGCACAAGUCAAAGAAGGAACUAAGAAGAAAGACAGCUCUAAAGGCAAAGAAACUCUGACCUCUUCGUCCAAGUCAAAGCACAACUCCACGCUGGGCUCCAAGACCAAAACGGAGGCGGUGGAGGCCGCGUCUGUGUCGCCGAUACUGGCGUCGUCGCUUGGAUUGAAUAGGAUAAAGACGCGAUCGGGGCCGUUGCCGCAAGAGAGCUUCUUCGGGUUUAGAGGCGGCGACAAGGGGUCGGCUCUUGGUGCAAGUAAUUUAUCGAGGAGUGAUGGGAAGAAGAAGAAGGAGGUGGCCGGGGCAGCAGGUCCGACUCCAACGAAGAGUAAGGCGGCGGGUUUACUAGAGAAUUGGGUUGAUAAUGGGAGCAAUUCGGAUAGUAUGUCCACUGGGAGCGCGCAGUCUAGAGACCAGAGUCCCAAUGUGUUGGCGCGUUCUAGAUUACACAAUGGGGAGUCUACUUCCGAAGCAGGGAGAUCAGAAUCAUCAUGGUGUCAAUCAGGAGGCUUAAGAAGCUCAGAUGCAUGUACACCAGAGACUGCAUAUGAUUGUGACAAUCCCAAGGAGUCUGAAUCUCCCCGUUUUCAAGCUAUACUACGUGUCACAAGUGCACCUAGAAAGAGGUUUCCUGCUGAUAUCAAAAGUUUUUCUCAUGAACUAAAUUCCAAAGGUGUUCGGCCUUUCCCAUUUUGGAAGCCUCGAGGCUUAAAUAACUUGGAGGAAGUAUUGGUCGUCAUCCGGGGAAAAUUUGACAAGGCAAAGGAAGAAGUAGACUCUGAUUUGGCUAUUUUUGCAGCAGAUCUGGUUGGAAUUCUGGAGAAAAAUGCAGAUAGUCAUCCUGAGUGGCAGGAAACUCUUGAGGAUUUGCUGGUUUUGGCUCGGAGCUGUGCUAUGACAUCUCCUGCAGAGUUUUGGCUUCAGUGUGAAGGCAUAGUCCAGGAAUUGGAUGAUAGGCGUCAAGAACUUCCACCGGGUAUGCUGAAGCAGCUUCAUACCCGAAUGCUUUUCAUUCUCACGAGGUGUACCAGAUUGUUGCAGUUCCACAAAGAAAGUGGGUUGGCCGAGGAUGAAAAUAUUUUUCAGUUUCGUCAAUCUAUAGUCCCGCAUUCUGCUGAAAAACGGAUUCCCCCAGGCAUAGGAAGAGAGUCUAAAAGUUCUAGUGCUGCAAAGGCCUCAAAGGCUGCUGCAACUAGGAAAUCUUACAGUCAGGAGCAGACGAAUUGGAAGAAAAACCAUUUUGUAUCGCCAGGAAAUUUUCUCUCUCCUCCUACAUAUGACACUUCGAAAAAUCCGGAGUCUCCCACAAGCAGGGACCGGAUGGCUUCUUGGAAGAAACUCCCAUCUCCAGUUGGGAAAAGCAUGAAAGAAGCUGCUCCUUUGAAGUUGCAGAAUGAUGUUAAGGUUGAAUCUUUGAAGGUGAGAGGGGUUUCUGAUGCAGAUUUGUCUGCUGCUAAGCCUCCUGAGCUUCCUCCUGCAAAAGAUUCUCAUGAACAUUCUUCCAAGCACCAACACAAAGUUUCUUGGGGUUACUGGGGUGAUCAACCAAAUAUUUCUGAUGAAGGUUCAAAUUCAAUAAUAUGUCGCAUUUGUGAGGAGGAGGUUCCCACUUUAAAUGUGGAAGAGCAUUCAAGAAUUUGUGCCAUUGCUGAUCGAUGUGAUCAGAUGGGUCUAAGUGUCAAUGAGCGACUUGUUAGAAUUGCUGAAACUCUUGAGAAGAUGAUUGAGUCAUUUGCACAGAAGGAUAUUCAACAUGUAGUAGAAAGUCCAGAUGUUGCAAAAGUAUCAAAUUCAAGUGUUACUGAAGAAUCUGAUCUUCUAUCUCCAAAGCUCAGUGAUUGGUCCCGUAGAGGCUCAGAGGACAUGCUUGAUUGUUUUCCUGAAGCUGAUAAUUCUAUGUUUAUGGAUGACCUGAAAGGUUUACCUUCAAUGACAUGUAAAACUCGUUUUGGUCCAAAAUCUGAUCAAGGAAUGACAACAUCAUCUGCUGGUAGCAUGACUCCUAGGUCUCCAUUAUUGACACCAAGGACCAGUCAGAUUGACUUGCUCUUGGCAGGAAAGGGUGCCUACUCUGAACACGAUGAUUUUCCACAGAUGAAUGAACUUGCCGAUAUUGCACGAUGUGUAGCAAAUACACCUCUGGAUGAUGAUCGCUCUAUGCCAUAUCUAUUAUCUUGUCUUGAAGACUUGAGGCUUGUCAUUGACCGUAGGAAGAUUGAUGCGCUUACAGUGGAGACGUUUGGGGCACGCAUUGAGAAGCUGAUUCGGGAGAAGUAUUUGCAGCUUUGUGAGAUGGUGGAAGAUGAAAAGGUUGAUAUAACCAGUACUAUAAUUGAUGAAGAUGCUCCUUUGGAGGAUGAUGUAGUCCGUAGCUUGAGAACAAGUCCUGUACAUUCAAAGGACCGUACCUCUAUAGAUGACUUUGAGAUCAUAAAACCAAUCAGUCGUGGAGCAUUUGGACGUGUUUUCUUGGCUAAAAAGAGAACAACUGGGGACCUAUUUGCAAUAAAGGUUCUUAAAAAGGCAGAUAUGAUCCGUAAGAAUGCUGUAGAAAGUAUACUAGCUGAACGUGAUAUUUUAAUUUCAGUCCGCAACCCUUUUGUGGUUCGCUUCUUCUAUUCUUUUACAUGCCGUGAAAACUUGUAUCUUGUUAUGGAGUAUUUGAAUGGAGGAGAUUUGUAUUCAUUAUUGAGAAAUUUGGGCUGCUUAGAUGAGGAUGUUGCUCGUGUAUAUAUAGCAGAAGUUGUGCUUGCUUUGGAAUAUUUACAUUCACUGCGCGUGGUUCAUCGUGAUUUAAAGCCUGAUAAUCUGUUAAUUGCACAUGAUGGUCAUAUUAAGUUGACAGAUUUUGGGCUUUCUAAGGUUGGUCUUAUCAACAGCACUGAUGACUUGUCUGGUCCAGCAGUAAGUGGGACAUCCUUACUUGCUGAAGAUGAGUCUCAGUUAGCCGAAUCCGAGCAUCAGCGAGAAAGGCGGAAAAAGCGAUCUGCUGUGGGUACACCUGAUUAUUUGGCACCAGAGAUACUUUUGGGAACAGGACAUGCUGCAACUGCUGAUUGGUGGUCUGUGGGUGUCAUAUUAUUUGAAUUGAUUGUUGGCAUUCCACCUUUUAAUGCUGAACAUCCCCAGACAAUAUUCGACAAUAUUCUUAAUCGUAAAAUACCAUGGCCCCGGGUACCAGAAGAAAUGAGCCGUGAAGCACAAGAUCUAAUUGAUCGAUUACUGACAGAAGAUCCUCAUCAGAGACUUGGAGCCAGAGGAGCAUCAGAGGUGAAACAACAUGUAUUCUUCAAAAAUAUCAACUGGGACACACUUGCAAGGCAGAAGGCUGCAUUUGUUCCCACUUCAGAGAGUGCUCUAGAUACUAGUUACUUCACUAGUCGCUAUUCAUGGAAUACUUCGGAUGACCAUGCUUAUCCAGCCAGUGAUCUGGAGGAUUCUAGUGAUGCUGACAGCUUAAGUGGCAGUAGUAGUUGCUUGAGCCAUCGCCAAGAUGAAGUGGGAGAUGAAUGUGGGGGUCUUGCUGAAUUUGAGUCAAGCUCAUCUGCCAAUUACUCUUUCAGUAAUUUCUCAUUCAAGAAUCUCUCCCAGCUUGCAUCAAUCAACUAUGAUCUGCUUUCUAAGGGUUUGAAGGACGAGCACCCUACAAAUCCGAAUGCAUAACUUAUCUUCCAGUCAAAAGCUGGCUAUUUGGCAUUAUUUGUGGAGACUAAUCAUUACAGUGUUGUUGUAUACCCUGUACAUAAAUAGAUGAAAACUUAAGAGGCUGAAACUAGUUCGGGAUGUGCUGUUUCCUUAAUGUGGUUCACAGGUCUUCUAUGUGAGGUUUUGAUUUUAGCGUUGAGCUAUUUUGUGAGUUGAGAACCGUAUUGUACCCUAAUUUGUAUGCCCCAAUGUUGGUUACAUUCUUGCCCUGUGGUGUAUUGUGAUUUCUCUCCAUAGCAAUGAGAACACAUCCCUUAUGUUCA